AUGAUUGUACUCGUCGGCAAACUAAGCGGCGUGCAGAAACUAGGGCUGGAGGAUCAUGACCUGGAUCAGCUGCGCGCGGGCGACGUUGUACAUAUCGAAACGCCCGUCAACCCCACGGGUGAGGCACGAGACCUGGCCUACUACCGUGCCCGGGCUCAUGCAGCCGGAGCGUACUUGGUGGUAGAUUCGACGUUGGCGCCGCCACCACUGCAGAACCCUCUGUCCUUCGGGGCCGAUCUCGUGCUGCACAGCGGGACCAAGUAUAUCGGCGGUCACUCGGACCUGAUGUGCGGUAUUCUGGUCGUGCAUCCGGAUCGGGUCCGCGAGGGGUGGUUGGAGACUCCGUACGCGGAGCGGCUGGUGCUGGGGGCUGUGAUGGGAAAUCUGGAGGGAUGGCUUGGAUUGCGAUCGCUGCGGACGCUGGAGUUGCGCGUACGGCGGUAA